AUGAGCAUUUCAUCGGAGCACAAGGCCCUUGGGAAGCAGGUCACCAGCAGCCUGCACACGGUGUCCCCUAUCGUGGAGCUCAACGUUGGGGGGGAGAUGUACACAACAACGCUGAGCACCUUGAAGAAACACCCGGGCUCCAAGCUGGCAGAGAUGUUCACUGGCAAGCCCAAGCUCAGGACUGACUCCGAGGGGAGGUUCUUCAUCGACAGACCAGGCACCUACUUCAAGUACAUCCUGGACUACCUGCGCAGCAACCAAGUGCCCACCCAGUGCCUCCAGGACGUCUACAAGGAGGCCCUGUUCUACGACAUCGAGCCACUGAUCAAGCAGCUGGAGGACUCCCCGCAGAUCUUCGGGGAGCUGGUGGCCAGGAAGCAGUUCCUGGCCCGUGUGCCCAACUACGGCGAGAACCUGGAGCUGAUGAUCCGCAUCGCCAGGGCGGAGGCCGUGGCCUCCCGCCGCUCCGGCGUCCUCGUCUGCCUGGUCAGGACCCAGGAGGACGAGCUCAGGUGUCAGGAUGCCUUGAGCAGCUUGGAGAUGGAUAAAAAAUCCGUGGUGAAGUUCGGCCCCUGGCAGGCGGUGCCGGGGAUCGCGGACCUGCUGGACUGCAUUCGGAUGGACGUGGAAGCCAGAGGGUAUAAAAUAUCCUUCCAGCCCCACGUGGCGGAGAAGGGGUUUCGCUUCAAGUCGCAGGACUACUUCUACAAGUUCCUCUUCACCUGGUGGUAG